AGGGUGAAGGAGACGUCGGGGUGGCAGCAGGUCUUCUCCAGCCCGCGGUUGGACUGGGUGAUCGAAAGGGUGGCCCUCAACGCCAAGGUGCUCGGCGGAGCUUUGGGUGACCACGACAAGAUGGUGGCCGUGGCGUCCUGCAACGAGAUCAUCCUCUGGGCCCUGCAAGCCGACGGCAACGGCAGUGAGAUCGGCGUCUUCCACCUGGGAGUACCGGUGGAAGCCCUCUUCUUCGUGGGGAACCAACUCAUCGCCACCAGCCACACCGGCAAAAUCGGCGUCUGGAACGCCGUCACCAAGCACUGGCAGGUCCAGGAUGUUGUCCCCAUCAACAGCUACGACGCUGCCGGCACCUUCCUCCUCCUCGGUUGCAACAACGGCUCCAUCUACUACGUGGACGUUCAGAAGUUCCCCCUGCGCAUGAAGGACAACGAUCUGCUGGUGACGGAGCUCUACCGCGACCCCACCGAAGACGCCGUCACCGCCCUCAGCGUCUACCUCACCCCCAAGACCAGUGACAGCGGGAAUUGGAUCGAGAUCGCCUACGGCACCAGCUCCGGCGUGGUACGGGUUAUCGUGCAGCACCCCGAAACCGUGGGCUCCGGUCCUCAACUCUUCCAAACCUUCACCGUACACCGCAGCCCCGUCACCAAAAUCAUGCUUUCGGAGAAACACCUCAUCUCCGUUUGUGCCGAUAACAACCACGUCCGGACCUGGACGGUGACUCGUUUCCGCGGGAUGAUUUCCACCCAACCCGGCUCGACGCCGUUGGCUUCCUUCAAAAUCCUUUCGCUGGAUGAUCUCGACGGUCCCGCCGGCUGCGGCGCCGGCACCGAUAUCGGACCCUUCGGCGAGCGGGAUGAGCAGCAGGUCUUCAUCCAAAGAGUGGUGCCGGAUGCGUGCCAGGUCUUCGUCCGGCUUUCCUCCACCGGCAAAAGGAUCUGCGAGGUGCGUUCG